GUCAAACGUUUUAUUUACAAUAGACAAGAAAACGUAUGAUGUAGAAUUACGUGUUAGUUUUCGCUCCUCAGCGCAGUUAAUUUCCCCUAAAUGUUCUUUUUGAUGAAAUCAAUAUGUUAAUUGUUAUCUGACACACCAGGUCCAUCAUUUAUGAUAAUGUUACUAUAGUAAUUGAAUAAAAGAUACCAUGGAGGCGGAACCAGUGCUUACUAGAUUACAGAGGCUGGUGUUAGGUUCCUUCAUUUUAAUCCUUGUUGAUAUCAUAUGGGUAUCUUCUUCCGAACUUACAAAGUAUAUUUAUCAUAAUGAAACAUUUGAGAAGCCGUUUUUUUGCACAUACAUCAAAACCUCUAUGUUUACAUUGUACUUAAUAGGACUUUGUUUUUGGAAACCUUGGCAAGAGCAUUGUUAUCGACCAAGUCAUUACAUGUUCUUAGAUGUAGAAGAAGAUGAUAAUUUUUAUUCAGAAGCUAAUACGUCCCUUAGUACACCUACGUACAUUCCAUUAAAAACUCCUGAUGGCUCAGAGCUUGUAUCUAGCUCAGACAGUGAUGCUACAUCCGUAAGAUCGGUUAGAUUUAGUAAAUUAGCUGAGGUGAGGCAAAUGUCUGAUGAAGUUGCUACAGAAGCUUUACUUGCGAGGUUAUCUUAUCAAGCAAGUGUGCGAGCUAGUGAUCUUGCUAGGAGAGCAGCUUCAAGGUUACCUCUUGAAAAAAUAGCAAAAUUAGCUUUUGGAUUUUGUCUUCUAUGGUUUUGUGCUAAUUAUACUUAUCAAUUAGCGUUAGCUGACACAGAAGCAGGUGUCGUAAAUGUUCUGUCUUCCACUUCUAGUCUUUUUACAUUAGCUUUAGCGGCAAUGUUUCCAUCAACAUCCAAUGAUAAGUUUACCCUCUCAAAAUUAGUAUGUGUAUGUUUAAGUAUAUCUGGAACGGUUUUGGUAAGUUAUACAGAUAUAAUGAUGCAACACAGGGUACCACAUGGAGUUUCUUUAUCGAUACUAAGCGCGUUUUUUUAUGCCGCGUACAUUGUUUUUCUUCGAAUGCAUGUCGAUCAUGAAGAUAAAAUGGAUAUACCAUUAUUUUUUGGAUUUGUAGGGUUAUUUAAUAUUUUUCUUUUAUGGCCGAUAUUUUUCAUAUUACAUUAUUCCGAAUACGAAACGUUCGAAUGGCCAACAAAACACCAAUUAAUUUUCUUAUUAAUGAACGGUUUAUUUGGCACCGUUGUUUCAGAAGUACUUUGGUUAUGGGGUUGUUUCUUAACAUCUUCGUUAAUAGCAACUAUAGCGAUAAGUUUAACCAUACCCAUGACGAUGUUCGCUGAUGUGAUCGUCAAAAAAAUUUCUUACCAGUAUUUAUUUUACGUGGGAACCGUCCCUAUUGCUUUAGCAUUCGUCUUCGUGUCGAUUUUGUCGCACUAUGAGAAUUGGGAUCCUGUUUAUAAUACGUUAAGGUUGGUGUAUACUACAAUUUGUCGGAGACGCAACAGAUAUAGACUUCGAUUUCCUGAGUUUUCAGCAGAACAAACGGAAGCGCUCAUUGGAAUUAAUAGUAACGAGCAUGAAGCAUAAGCUAUAAUGAGAUAAGUAGACUGGAGUAUUUAAAAAUGAAAUUAACAUUCCUUAUUGAUUAUUUUAUUAUUUUAAAACAUUGACUGACAAAGUCCUGUAAGUACGGAAUCUCAAAAAAAAGUGUUUAAAAUUAAAAAUCAAAGAAAUAUUAAAUCUUGUACCUUUAUGUUAAUAGCAGAAAUAAGUUUACCAAAAAUAAUUAAGUUUGAUACCAGGAAGUUCUAUAACAGAAAUUUAUUUUUGAUCUCAAUUUAGAAAUGUAACUUUUUCAAUUUUAAUUUUAUAUGAAUUAUAUUUAAUGCGACAAAUUAUGUGAUAAAUAUAAUUACAUAUUUAAAAAAAAACACUUAAAAUUGAAAAAUAUAUUGUUAUUUAAUAUCCUAUUAAUGCUUUUGUUCUAUUAUGUGCAAUAUUAAUUAAGUGUUCCACAUUUCCGCCAGAAAUAAGAAAAUGCUUAUGAUAUACCCUAAUCUAUGUACUCAACUAAAAAUUUGUUUGCCAGAAAUUUUAAGAAAAAAGUAUUAAUACAAACAGUGUCUUACUCUUUUUGAUACAAUAACCUUCUUUAUAAAAAUAUCUAUUAAUUUGAAACAACUUUCUUAUAUAUACUUUUUAUUCAACAUUCUUUAAUCUAUAAUUUGGAUAAAUGAAUUGAAGUAAAUAUAUUAUUAAAUAGGACUAAUAUAAAAAUGUAAAACAGUAUUGACCUUUAACCAAUACCUUGUUAAUAUACAUAGUAAAAAUCUUGGUGAAAACUCAAUCAUUAAAUUUUCCAUUGAUUCUAAACAAAAAAAAAUGCACUGCCUUCAUCUUGAGGUUGUUGCCAAGAUUCUUUCUUUGUUCGUCGACAAGCGUAUGAAUAUUUAGCUCAUUAUUUCAAAUUUACAAGUUAGCAGUGUUUCUUUAAUUUUUUUUUGUAUUUGUUAAUUUUGUGUAACUUGUAAAUUUGGAAUUUUAACAAGUGUACAUUCCACGUGUUUAGGAAAAUAGUUUAUAUUUUUAAUAUAUUGUAGCGAAACACUGGCUCUCCUAAAUGUAUUUUCUUAAUUAUGUAUUGUAGAUAAAUUCAACAAAAAAAUGAUAAUAAAGUGAUAUAAUACUAUAGCUGAAA